CAUUGAUCCUAAAAGCGGACGUAUAGUAUCUACUUAUAAAUUCAAAUAUGUAAUUUCGUUUCAGAGAAGGAACUAUUCAGACAGUGCUUACAAGAUGUCAGUAAAAGCAUGCAACUCGGGUGACUACUUACUUGUUUGUGCAAUCGACUUUGGAACGACAUUUUCCGGAUAUGCGUUUUCCAUGAAACAUGAUUACAUAAAAGACCCUCUAAAUAUAGCAACAAAUAAUUGGAUUGGUCAGUCGCUAAUUUCACAAAAAGCACCAUCGACUGUACUUUGUCGUCCAAAUGGCGAUUUCCACUCUUUUGGUUAUGAAGCUGAGGGAAAAUUCUGCGAUCUAGCAAAUGACGACAAACAUCAUGGUUGGUUUUUCUUCAGACAGUUCAAGAUGAUAAUGCAUUCACAAAAGGAACUUAAACGAGCGACAUUGCUGCACGACCAUGAGGGUAAGAGUAUGCCGGCACUGGACGUGUUUGCUAUGUGUUUACGGUACAUCCGGAAACAUUUGUUAGACGCCAUUGACAAACAAGGGAUGUCUUUAAAAGACAAUGAAGUAGUCUGGGUGAUCACGGUUCCAGCUAUUUGGUCUGAUCCUGCUAAACAGUUUAUGAGGGAAGCAGCGGUGCAGAGUGGAAUAUCAAACGAGCACCUGAUACUUGCACUCGAACCAGAAGCUGCAUCUAUUUAUUGCAAAAGACUACCUAUAGACAGAUUAGCUGCGGGAUCAACAUUACCAGGAUUUAAUCCAGGAAUUACUUACAUGGUUCUUGACAUUGGAGGAGGUACAGCUGAUGUCACAGUACAUAAAAUUCUUUCUGAUGGUUCUUUAACUGAGCUACACAAAGCCAGUGGAGGUGCUUGGGGUGGAACAAGGGUUGAUCAGGCAUUUCGAAUGUUUCUGAAAAAGACGUUUGGCUCUAAAGUCAUGAAAAGAUUUGCAGAAGAAUUUCAUAUAGAUGAUUUUGACCUUUCCAUGGAGUUUGAAGUGAAGAAGAGAAGAAUAAGCCUAGAAAACACAAGCGAGAUAACAGUACGUAUUCCUGUCAACCUUAUGGUUUUGUUUAAGGAAGAGACGAAAAGACCUAUUAAUGAUAUCCUGAAAAGGAAUGGUUUCGACGAUAAAGUGACAAUAAAGGGAGACAAGAUGCGAAUAGAUGCAAACAUCUUCCGAGAUUUUUUCACGGAGUCCGUUGAAAGCAUAAUAGCACAUGUACGUGAUAUUCUUCGAAGCCCUCGGUCGAACGACAUUUCGACUAUUCUGAUGGUUGGUGGGUUUUCAGAAUCGCCACUUCUUCAAGAUAUGAUACGCCGAGCUUUCCCAGAGAAGACAUUAGUUAUCCCCCAUGACGCAGGAACAGCAGUGCUAAAAGGCGCCGUCAUGUAUGGCCAUCAGCCUAAGAUUGUGACAUCAAGGAUCAGCAAAUUUACAUAUGGAGUAAACUUCCACAGAGACUUUGACCCGAAAUUACAUCUCAAGGAAAAACGGGUUGUUAUUGACGGUGACGUUCUAUGCAAAGACAUAUUCCUGAAAUUUGUCAGAGUAGGCGAUACACUUAAACUAGGUGAGAAGAGAUCACACACCUUUAUCGAAACAUUUCAAAGCCCAGAGAGGAAGCGAAUGAUAGAGUAUUGCAACAUAUUUGCAUCAACUGAUCCAAAACCAAAUUAUAUUGAUGACGAGAAUUGUUGGAUGCUUGGUCGUGUCGCAAUGCUUCCACCAAAGAAUGGAUGGCCUGAUAAGAUAGAAGGUCGAAUUGAAAUGGUUUUUGGAAUGACCGAGUUCGAAGUAACAGUGUUUGAUGAAAUUUCUGGGCAACAAUUCAAUGCAAACUUUGAUCUGUUAAAGUGACAAUCACAAAUUGAAAGCAGAACAUAUCUACAAAGAAUAUGUUUACAGUUUUUCAGCAACCUUAGCUGAAGUGUCUUAAAUACAAUCAUUUGUCCGAUUUUCAGUACACUGACAUGCAAAUGAUGCAAAUGAUUACAAAGACCACGUUCUGAACAUUCUGCACACACACACUUAGUCAAUGUAGUGAAAAAUAAUAGUUUUCCGGAAUGUUUCGAAUGUUAGCGGAUUGUUCUUAUCAAAGCUUGGUGCAAACAGAAAUAAAUACUUUCUACCAUGGAAAGCUGGUCUUGGCUCCUAUCAACUACGGAUAUUCUCAAUAUUGAUGGAUAUCAGAGCAGAACAGUACACUAUUUAUUUCUUUGUCAAUUAUCAGCAGAUUUCUCUAGAAUUUUUAGAACACUGUUAUGAGCAGUCAACGGAGUGUGGUUCAGGUGAACCCCAUGCGUACAAAAUGCUUUUUUCAUAGAAAGCGUUGUACUUGAAACAGUGACAUGUUUACAAGACAUCUUAUAAAUUAACAAACAUUAGUUUUCUAAAAUACUAUAUUUUUUUGUUCUUUUUAUGCUCUUUAUUGCUUAUUAUAUAUAUGUCAUUUGUUCAUAAGAUGUGUUUUCAUACAAUUUACAUUUUUGUCAAAUCUCUUAAACUGAACACAAUACAGUGCUGAACGCUUAUCAUAUUCAACACAAGUACAUAAAAUGUAUAUUAUCAAAAUUUAUAGCUUGCUUUUGACCCGCAUUGUACAACUAUACACUGAAUUAAGAAUCCAUUACUUUUUAAAACUCCAAAUUAGCAUAAAGAUCAAAAAGUCGUUGGUGUAAUAAAUUGUAAGCAUUCAUUUUAGAAUAAUAUCAACGUUGAAUUAAUUACCGGUAUCUGUUAUUAAACCAAAAUCUCCAGCUCCUAAAAUCCGCUCAAACCGCUAUUUUCACUCCCUUCUAAAGAUAUAUGGGGAUAAGUACCCACUCGUAGAGAUAUAUUGCGAGAUUUUAUCUACGUCGCAAUGUUUGCUUAUGCUUGACUAUCUGGGCCAAUCUUGAAAAGGAACAAAACCCACUAGUCCAAAUACAGCACAAAAGCCGCAAUUUUCACAAAAGUUCAAACACCAUAUGCAGUUUAUUGUGUGUAAGACUUGCCUCUUUUUCCCUAUUUCCAUCCGGUUUUGCAAAGAAAUAAAGCAGCUUCACCUUUUGUUGAGACAUGAGCCUUUUUAUGUCAGAUUAUUUAACAAUUGUUUACAUAUGUUUUUAUUUUCACAAAGAAUUUCAUUUACUACAUGUACAUUAAUUUUAGUUUAACUAAUGUUAACCAGAUAUUUUCAACUCUUUGACUCAUUUAUCUGUAGGUUACAUAUCAUCUGUUAUUAAGUGAAACAGUAAGUUGGCAAGUACUGGUGUUGCCAAUGGACACAUACAAACUGUACUUGUUAAACCAAUUUUAAAUAGGUUAUAGAUCAAUUAUUGACUAUCUAAUGAAUUAAGUUACUGCGUUCACUUCACUUCGUUUCAUUUUCACAAAACCAAAACAUGUAUUUGAUCUAUAAUCUACUUUUAUUGCUUAUUGAGAAAUCAUUUUGUAGGAUUCAACACAGAACUGAUGGAGGGGUCCGCCCAUUCAUGUUAGAUAGACGUACAUGAUCGAACUAAGGUAAUUUAAUGUGUAGCAUGUUUUGAAGAUGAUUUUAAUCAGACUGUGUUGUUGUUUCUUUUUUCCAACCUUAGUA